CAAGCAGAUCAUGCAGAUCGUAGAAUGUGUUAGGUUUGCACACUUUCAACUACAAAAUAGAUUGACCACAUCCUGCAAUCAAAGAUUUUAGAUUGAUUCGUUCAAGUUCAACUUCUCAUCUCAGAGUUUGAAGUUAAUUUGCCAUAAUGGAUAAAAGAUGGCAGAAGGCUGAGACUGACACAGGCAUUCCAUAUUACAUCAAUCAUCUGUCAGAGAGGACACAAUGGGAUCACCCAGAGUAUGUCAAAGCUCAACGGAUGAUGGAUGAAAUGGGCAAGAUCCAGCUGGCAUCAUACAGGGCAGCAAUGAAGAUAAGGACACUCCAAAAAGUCAUCAACCUGCAUUCGGUGGAGUUAUCUAUAAUAACAUCCGUCUUUGAGCAUUUUGGGUUCAACAGCCCCACCAGCAACAUGGUCAUGAAUGUGAUUCAACUGCAAGACGUUGUGUAUGAGGUAUUCUACACCACUCAAUGUCGAGGAUGGAGCUCACUGGAUGUGGAUACCAGUACUGACCUAAUGGUGAACUGGACUCUAAAUUUAUUUGACAUGGGUCGCACAGGAUUCCUCAAGGUUCUAUCAGUCAAGAUCCUCAUGGUGGUGUUGUGUUCUGCUCAACUCUCUGAAAAAUACCAAUAUUUAUACCAGCAGUUAACAGAUCGAGCAGGGGGAGUAAGUCGACGUAACAUGACAACCUUUCUCAGAGACAUGAUAAGAAUAACAGAGUUGAUCGAUGAGAGCUCUGCCUUGGGGAAGAACGCUGCAGCUGCUGUCAAUAGCUGUUUCGCUACGGUGAUUGGAACGACCGUUUCUCAUGAUAGAUACAUGAGCUGGUUGAUGGCAGAACCUCAGACCAUUGUGUGGUUACCAACAAUGUAUCGUGUUUCCCUGGCUGAGUCAGUUAAACAUGAUGCAAAAUGCAACAUUUGCAAGAUGUAUCCGAUCAUCGGACUUCGCUUCAAAUGCUUAAAGUGUCUGAACUACGACAUGUGCCAGGAUUGCUUCUUUGUUGCCAGGACAACCAAGAGACACAAACUGACACACCCAACUCAAGAAUACAUUAUUGCAACGUCAUCUAAAGAAGACAUCAGAGACUUUGCUAAGACGAUACGGAACAAGAUGAGUAAGAAACAUGGCCGCCGCGUUAAGCUGAAGUACCUCCCUGUUGACGACAGUGACACUGAUUCCAAUAGUUACUGUGAUCCUACAGAUAAAGAGAUUGAUAUGCAUGUGCGGCUUGGCCACAUCUCCAAAAAGUUAGCAGCUGUCGAGGAUAUGAAGCCAGCUCCACCUCCCUCAACCGAAGCUUCCCUGUCCCCGAUAAGUGAGAGCAUUCAAUCAAGCAUGAUUCCUGACCCGGGGAGUGCUUUGGCUCGUGGGCAGGAAACCUCUCGUGAUCGGUCGGGAGAGCAUAGAGAGCUGGAGGAUCUAAUCGACAUCUUAGAGAGAGAGAAUGAAGAACUCCUUAUCGACAUGGAAGAGUUAAAUAUGGCCGGAAGACGCAUGGCAUCAGCUGGCGAAGGCGCCUCACAUGUGGCGCAUGAUCUUGAGGAUGAGUCCAUCGGUACCUCGGAGACUGAAGAGCAACAGGAGAUGAUGAUAGCGAGGCAUGAGGUUCUGGAGGACCAAAAUAGACAGCUAAACCUACAGCUCAAAACACUCAAAUCGCUCCUUCAGAAACAGAACCGCACACCCCCGCAAGCCAGCACAUCCAUGUUUGUAUCAAACAACCAUGCCCCGCCUCCACCAUAUCACGCCACACCUACCAAUGGCCAUCUUGAUCGAACCGCUCCGCCCAGUUUACCUUAUUAUCAACCUGCUACCCAAUCACAGCCAAGCAUUGAUAUGAUUGACAAUCAGCAUGUGAAUUCAUCCGUCCUUCCUACUCCAAUAACCAACCAAUCAGGAGCUUCUGAUAUGAUGAAUGGCAGUGGAUCACUCCGCCCACAAUUUAUGUUGGACCAAUCAGUAACCCCACAAGUGUCACUUCCACCUCACCACUCCAACAAUCUAACCAUGACUCCAGGUUUGAGUGACAGCACGGUGCCCCUCCCACCAUACUCUUUCAACCAAUCAGCAAUGACUCCAGGAACCUUUGCAGCAAGGAGGCUCCUCCCAGCCCAUUUGGUUGACCAAUCAACAGUGAUGUUUCCCAACUUAUCUGCAUCUCGAAUUUAUCCACCAGAAGAGGCAGCAUUGAAUGAUAUUGUGCAGAGAAUGAAUGAGGCAUACCCAGCAAAUCUUCAAGAUACACCAGCUUCACCUGACAUGCCCCCUCCUCCCUCUUACACAGCGGCUCCUACAUUCAUGAGAACCAGAAGAUCACAUGGUAAUCAUGACAACCCAACAGAUAUGAUAGACGCAGUGGCACGCAUCGGUGAUGCAAUGUCGUAUCUCGUAGCUAGAGUGGCAGACAGGCCCUCUGGAAUGUAGAUUACCAUGGUUGCUGGCAAACUCUGCUGUUGAUAUUUGAACUUUGCAAACUGUGUUCAUGGACAAACCUUGUCUUUAACAUUCAAGAUUUAUCCCCACAAAAUGAGGCUGAAAGAGUUUGAGGUUGCAGCUGUCAUUAAUUAAAUUGCCAAAGUUUUUUAUGCCAGUAUUUUUAUACGUUUUACCUUGAGUCGUCAUCAUUUUCAUGUCUUUUAUCUUUCUUUGUAAAAGGAGCAUGCUGUUAUUGGGGUUUUGAGAAACACUUUUUCUUAUUUUUAAUAACCCUGAUCAAAUUUCUUAAUCAGAAGUCACUAUUGUCUCCUUUUUGUGUAAGUUGUAGCUGAUAAUGAAUAAGAUAUUCUUGUGUGACCAAAAAAUAUUUUAAAUUUAGCUUUGUUUCCAUACUCUGCUCUACGUAACUGCUCUCUAUUUUUUUUAAUUGGCUGAAUUUGUAACAUUUUGUACUAGGUAAUAUAUUUUUAUACUCUAACACCAUUUAUGUCAAACACCAUAGUAUUUUGUAUUCACUGAUGAUUUGCAGAAUGGUUUGGAUAUAAAAGAUGGGUGUUAUUAUUUUUACAUAAACAUGAAUUGUGUGUGCUUUGCAAUCCCGCAUAAAAAUGGGUGAUAACAAAAUAAGUAUUCAGUAUUUAAAAAAAUGCUUCGCAACUUCUGUCCAUAAAAGCCAUAGCAGAAUUAUUGAAUAUGUUAAAAUAAAUUAAUCUUGGCCAAGUAUUUUCUCAAAUGUAUUAUUGUAUUUUUUGUUAUUUUUGUCUGUUGUACAGAAAGUUUCUUUGAUGGAUAUUAGACAUUGUCAUAUGUGCUACCUUUUAGUCAUGUUCCCUGAUUAUAGAGCAGCAUAAAUGUUGAUGUGUAAAUAAACCAAAAAGUUUGCCAGAC